GGGAACAAUGGCAUUAGACAGAAUAAUGUUCACUGUAUUACUAUUUGUUGCAUAUAAUAUGGUUUUGGUUAGCGGUGUUAAUUCUAAGGAUGACAUCCAAGACAGAGGCGCUCAUAGUGAUCGCGGGGGUGUGUGGUUUGGACCACGACUUGGAAAAAGAUCUAUGAGACUUGGAGAUGAUAGUAAAGCAACGUUGUUACGAUUACUAGAAUCAGCUGACAACCUUCGAUACUACUACGACCAGCUUCCUUACGAAAUGCAAUCUGACGUCGGACAAGACAAAAUUAUCUUCACACCGAAAUUGGGGAGGGCAAUCGAAGAAAGACUAUUAAAUGAUGUAGAGUUCACACCACGAUUGGGAAGGCGGAAGAUCGACCAGGCAUUGCCUACAGUAACUGAUGAGGAGAGCUACAGACAGGACCAAAUGGUAAUGAAUACUCGUCCUAAUCAUUUCUCACCGCGACUUGGGAGGAAUUAUAAUUUUUCUCCCCGAUUAGGAAGAGAAUUGACCUAUGAUCUAUAUCCCAGUGUUCGUGUUUCCAGAAGUGUGAACAACUCAAAGGCGAAUUAGACACUUAAAAAUAAAGACAUGAUGUGCGUCAAUAAUUUUAUAUUUAAUAAUGUUUUGGACAAAUAAUGUUUAGG